GAGCCGUUUGCCUUGGGGCUAGUAGUUUCGUGGCACGUUGAACCUGCCCAGUGGGAUGCGGAGUUCGUUGUAGUGUACGUGAUGCCUUGAAGCUGAGGAGGCCUGCCAGUCCGGCCGCCUAAGCAGGGCGCAGGGCGGCGCAGGGCCCCCAUCCACCCACCAUGGCGGCGGACACGGAGGAGCCCAAGAAGGAGCCGGCGGCGGGGGGCGCGGAGGACGAAAGACUCGAGUUCAUCUUCGAGUACCUGUCCAAGAGCCUGCGCCUCAAGCAGGACAAAUGGGCCAAGAUGAUGAGCAACGACGAGCUGAAGUACGUGGUCAUGGAGUUCCUGGAGCGCACCACGGCGGACGUGCUGGUGAUGCUGCUGUCCCCGGCUGGCGUGCUCACGCCCGUGCUGGGCUUCCCCACCAACGCCAAGGGCAAGUCGUCGUACUUCAUCCGCAAGCGCAAGGAGCCCGUCACCAAGGACAACCUGCGCGAACUGCUCAUCUUCGGGGACAUGGCACCGCGGCCCGUGGACGAGCUGGCCGUGCUGGUGGACGAGGUGUUCAUGCCGCUGCUCGUGAACCCCGUCAACCACCGCGGCUGGCCGGCGGUCGUCGCCGAGGAUGUCAAGAAGCACCUGUACGGCCUCAAGUGCGACCUGUACGAGGUGCGCGGCCGCAUCAAUGGCCAGACACUGCUGCCCAUGCCCCUGAACGUGGCCAAGGUGUACCAGGCCCACCGGGACAUCGUAGAGAGCAACGGCGAGGUGGUGGACGUGCACCUUAAGUCUGCCAUCGAGGGCGUGGUCAUCAAGUGGGCGUCGCAGACCAGCCAGGUGCUCUCGGAGGACCCCUGCACCGCGUUCAGCGCGGACUGCAACCCCGAGCCCAAGGAGGAGGUCAAUUUUUGGACAGAGCGGCGGAAGAAUCUUGAAGGGAUGUACAACCAGCUGCGCGACCCCCGCGUCAAGAAGAUGGGAGAGAUCCUGGAGCUGACCGAGUCAGCGUACUUCCCCUGCUUUAAGACGUUGUUCCGGAACGUGGUCGCCGCGUUGACGGAGGUCCGGGACAUCUGCGUGUACCUCAAGCCCGUGGAGACGCUCAUGGAGCAGAUAGCGACCUUGGAGUUCCCCGACGUGGCCGAGAUGCUGGCUGCGACCAUGCACACCGUGUGCCUGCUGUGGGGCAACUCGCGGUACUACUGCACCUCGCCUAGGAUCAUCCUGCUCAUCAAAGAGAUAUCCAACCAACUCAUUCGUCAAUGUUCUGACUACCUGGACCCAAGUUCAUUGUUUCAAGGCGAGCUGGAUGAGGCUCAGGAGAGGGUAGCGUUGUGCAUCGAAACGCUUCAGGAUUUUAAAGAUGUGUUUGAAGAGUCCCGUGGCAACUUAGGCUCCGGUUAUUUCAAAAAUAGCGAGCCCGUCAUGUGGAAUUUUAAAUCUUCUAUUGUAUUUGAGAGGCUUAACAAGUACAUUGAAAGGUUGGAAAAAGUUCAGACUGUGUUUGACGCAGGCGUCGAGUACUCCAAGCUGGAGAAGGUGGAAAUUGGUGGACUGAAGGGACGAAUCUUGGGCCAGAAAGUGGAGAAACUGUUCGAUGAGUUCAAGACCAUAUUUAGCGGUUUCACUCGCAUCGAAUACGACCCCCUAAACCCGGACGAUGGCUCCUUCGAGAGGGACGAGAGGGUGUUCAAGGAGAACAUGAAGGACCUCGAAGGGCGGCUCGCCGCCAUCAUCACGCAGGCCUUCGACGACUGCUGCAACUUCGAGAGCCUGUCCAAGCUGAUUCAAGUGGCGGGCUCCUUGAUGGAGAGGCCCUCGGCCAAGGAAGACAUGAAGGAGCGUACGCCCCGCAUCCUGGAAGUGUACAGCAAGGACCUGGACGCGGUCAAGGUCAUCUUCGACCAGUACCUGGCGGCCAAGGAGGAGAACGGAUUCUUUGAAGUGGACUGCUACUUCCCACCAACUGCAGGCGCCAUGACGUUCGUUCUAAAACUGCGCAGCCGCAUACAGGCGCCGAUGGAGUUCUUCAGCGAGUGGGAAAACCCGAUCCUCGAAACGGCGGACAUGGAGCACGUGAGGCACAAAUACGAGGAGAUGAAGGAGAAGCUGGACGGGCUGUGGGACUCGCUGUACUCGGAGUGGGCCAACCGGGUGCCGGGGGAGGUGAACGAGCACCUGUCCAAGACGCUGCUCACGCGCCACGAGGACAACACCAUCGAGACAAACUUCGCGCCCGAGCUGGUCGCUGCUCUGCGAGAGUGCCGGUACCUCCAGUUCUUGGAGAUCGAGGACAUCCCCGCCCCGGCCAAGGAACUCUUUGACCGUUCGGAGGAGUUGCAUUUGUGGGUCACGACGCUCAACCGCAUCGUGGAGUGGUACAAUGAGAUCCUCAACCGCUGCAUCCCGGUCGAGUUCGAUCUUAUCCGCGAGGAGAUGAACGGCAUCGACGGCCACAUCAAGGAGCUGCAGGACAAGCUCAACUGGAAGUCGGACGGGGUGUGGCCGCACGUGGAGAACAUCCGGGACCUGACCAAGGCGCUGCACGGGCGCGUGGUGCAGGCGCAGGCCAACGUGGACCACAUCAAGGGCCUGCUGGACAACUUCGCGCACGUGCCGCUGUUCGAGCGCGACGAGAAGGCCGGACUGCUGCUGGGCCUCGCCGACCGCGCCGCCAGGGUCAACAAGCGGUUUGUCGAGGUGCGCGUCGCCGGUGAUCAGAUCCACCUCAAGAUGGACGAGAACUACAAGCUGUUCCACAACAUCCCGCUGGAGGAGGAGCACGCCGAGGGGGCGCCCGUGCGCAAGAAGCGGCUCAAGAAGCGCUUCGGCGAGGACGGCAACGAGAUCCCCUGGGAGGAGGGCGAGGAGGAGUGGGAGAGCUACGACGAGGAGGAGGACGUGGAGGAGGAGCACAUCGAGGAGGAGGAAGAGCAGGAGUCGUCGUCGGACGAGAGCUCCGAGUCCUCGGAGGAGCUGUGGAGCUCGGACAGCGAGACGGGCGGGCGCACGGCCGUGAAGAAGCAGGCCGUCGAGGGCUGGGACAUGGACACGUGGGCGGAGGACGGCCAUGACGACCAGGACGAGUGGGCCGCCGGACAGGCGCAGGGACUCGACGGCCAGGCCGCCCCGACGCCACCCCCGGAGGACGGCGUGCCCGAGGAAGACCCGGAGGCCGCCUCGGGGGCGGGCGCGGGCAGUCCAAGGUAA